CGAAAAUUGCUCAAACUUAUUACUACUUCAAGUUCAAGGGUUUCUUCACGUCAAUUUGUUCCGAAGAAAGAAACAAGCUCGAAAAAGAUCGAAUUGUAAAAAAGUUCGAGGUUUAAUACUCAGGAAAGUUUCAGAAUAUCAUGACGCCUGUAUUUUGUGGGAAUUUGGACUUUGAUGCUCGUCAAUCUGAUGUCGAACGUCUCUUUAGAAAAUAUGGGAGGGUCGACAGAGUGGAUAUGAAAUCAGGCUUUGCUUUCGUCUAUAUGGAAGAUGAGCGUGAUGCAGGGGAUGCAAUAAGGAAACUCGACAGAUCUGAGUUCGGCAGAAAACGACGCCAACUACGUGUUGAGUGGACCAAGCAAGAACGUGGUGGCAGAAAUCCUGACAGCUCAAGGAAAUCUUCAGCCAAUGCGAAGCCUUCGAAAACCUUAUUUGUUAUUAACUUUGACCCUGUCAAUACAAGGACCAGGGAUCUUGAAAGGCAUUUUGAACACUAUGGGAAGAUAUCAAAUGUCAGAAUCAGAAGAAAUUUUGCAUUUGUGCAAUUUGAGUUGCAGGAAGAUGCUACCCGAGCACUGGAAAGCGCUAAGAUGAGCAAGUUCAUGGACCGGGUUAUUUCUGUGGAGUAUGCAACACGAGAUGAUGAUGACAAAAGACAUGUCUCUAGCCCUGAUAGAAGGGGUCGAGACAGGUCCCCACCCAAUGGAAGAAGCUAUGGUCGCGGUGGACGCUCCCCAAGUCCAUACCAUAGGGAAAGAGGUAGCCCUGAUUAUGGGCAUGGCGCUGCACCUAAUUCUCGAUCUGAUCGAAGAAGCAGCCCUGACUAUGGCAGAGCCGUGAGCCCUGUCAAUGAUAGAUAUAAAAGCCGCUCGCCUCGUGCUCGUGAAAGAUCUCCUGUUCGUGAAAGAUCUCCUGUUCGUGAAAGAUCUCCCGUUCCUGAAAGAUCUCCUGUUCGUGAAAGAUCUCCCGUUCCUGAAAGAUCUCCUGUUCGUGGAAGAUCUGACUCUUGAUUAAGAAGAGCUGUUGAAAGAAUUUGGUGGUUAUUUGGUCUGUUCGGUUAGCAGGCCCUUGUGAAGUACUGUUAUGGACAGUUUCCAGCUCAGUAUUCGGUUUAAAUGUUAUGUUCGCUAGAGAUUCACCACUCCAUGACUCCAUGUAGUGUUGCUUGUUUAGAGAUUUUGCAUGAAAACGUAUCUACUAGACUACUAUAAGUAUCUUUGGAUUUUAUUA